AUGACAACAAUGGAAGGGGCCAGCGGGUCGAAUUUUGGAAUAGACACGAUUUUGUCCAGUGCCAGUUCGGGCAGCCCCGGCAUGAUGAAUGGAGAUUUCCGCCCGCUCGGCGAGGCCAGGACCACGGAUUUUAGGAGCCAGGCCACUCCGUCUCCCUGUUCGGAGAUUGAUACUGUAGGAACGGCGCCUUCCUCUCCCAUCUCGGUCGCCAUGGAGCCCCCGGAACCGCAUGUGAUAGCGGACGGCCCCCAGCAUCACCACCACCUCCACCACAGCCAACAGCCACCGCCGCCGCCAGCCGCGGCCCCCACGCAAAGUUUGCAGCCUUCGCCGCAACCGCCGCCGCCGCAGCCACCCGCCCAGCAGCUGGGCUCGGCCGCCUCGGUCCCCAGGACUUCCACCUCUUCUUUUUUAAUUAAGGACAUCUUGGGCGACAGCAAACCUCUGGCGGCGUGUGCACCGUACAGCACCAGCGUCUCCUCUCCCCACCACACCCCGAAGCAGGAGAGCAACGCAGCACACGAGAGCUUCAGGCCAAAGCUCGAGCAGGAGGACAGCAAAACCAAACUCGACAAGCGAGAAGAGUCCCAGAGCGACAUCAAAUGCCACGGAACAAAGGAGGAAGGAGACCGGGAGAUUACGAGUAGCCGAGAGAGUCCCCCUGUGAGAGCCAAAAAACCUCGCAAAGCCAGGACGGCUUUCUCCGACCACCAACUCAAUCAACUGGAGCGUAGCUUUGAGCGACAGAAGUACCUGAGUGUGCAGGACCGCAUGGACCUGGCAGCUGCGCUCAAUCUCACUGACACCCAGGUCAAGACCUGGUACCAGAACCGCAGGACCAAGUGGAAGCGGCAGACUGCGGUGGGCCUGGAGCUGCUGGCCGAGGCAGGGAAUUACUCGGCACUGCAGAGGAUGUUUCCGUCGCCUUAUUUCUACCACCCAAGCUUGCUGGGCAGCAUGGACAGUACUACCGCCGCGGCGGCCGCCGCCGCCAUGUACAGCAGCAUGUACCGGACUCCUCCUGCACCCCAUCCCCAGCUGCAGCGGCCCCUGGUGCCCCGAGUGCUCAUCCACGGCCUGGGGCCUGGGGGACAGCCGGCCCUCAAUCCCCUGUCCAGCCCCAUCCCAGGCACCCCGCAUCCCCGGUGA